AUGGCGAUUAAUAACUGGUGGCGAGAGCCGGAUAUGGGAGGCGAGCGCGAGGGAUGUGCCGCGUCGCGCAUGUGGCGCAGCGCGUGCAACACACUGGUGGCGCCGGCCGCGGACGAGGCUUGGCAGCAGAUAGUCGAGGCCUCGCCGUCGGACUCCGUGUGGCAUUCCUUGAGGAACUGUGUGGCUUAUCAGGCAGGAGUGUGGCACAACCUACAGUUAAAGGGUAUAGCUGAUGUAAUGCAACCUGCAGCGUUUAAGCUGGCGAUAGUUCUGAGGCACACGCCUUCUGAGCUGACUGUCAGGCUUUUGGCGGAUUUGUUACAUUUACAUCCACAAUCGCAAGACUUGACUGCGUACGUGCUCGCUCUACUCACCGAUGACGAAGCGUGGUGCGGCAGUUGUGGGUCGAGUGCUGGAUUACCUGCUCACUGUGCUGCAGGGGGUGGUUCGGGGGGUGCAGGGGCUGCAGGAGGAGGUUCAGGAGGUGGGGCUCCCCUGCGGGACCUGCAGCUGUUCGGCGACUGCGAGCUGGCGGUGCUGGCGGCGUCGCGUGAGGAGUACGACGCGCACGCCAAGCUAGUACGAGCUGAGUAUGCUAACCUCACCAACAAUAACUAUGUGGAAUUAAGGAUCAAGGUACUAAACCAAUUCUCCCAAAUACCCAAGCUGUACCACACAGCCGAGUUCGAAUGCUUCGAGGCAGCCGCGAGAGAGAACAUCGAGCGUGAGAUCUGCACUCUGCGCGAGCACUUGCUCACCGGACAACAUGAA